AUGUCUAUUUUGCAAUCGUCAGAAGAAAAAGAACGACAUGAGGAGGUGAUCAUUGAAACAAAUAAUGAAGGCUUGGGAAUGCGUGUCGAUGAAAAUUUACACGUGAUUGAGAUAACUAAGCAAGGUCCCUGUGAUGGUAAAUUAUUGCCUGGGGAUCACAUUAUCCAAAUAAAUAAUGUGCGUGACAGUAUGAAUAGAAUUAAUGAAACAGUUAAGAUUGGAGAUCGUACAGUUCAAACAGUUGAUGAGGCUAGAGAAGCAAUUGAAGCAGCUGGUGUAUCAAUUCGAAUUGUAUUCGAUCGUGGGCUGCAAAGUACGACUCAGGAUAAUAUUCCGGAACAAUAUGAAAGUUUAUUUAAACGUCGCGAAGGCUUCACAUAUCACUAUGUUCAAAUUAAUUAUGUUAAAGGGUGUAAAUUUGGCCUUGGCAUUAAGCAUUUCCAGAACAAUGUAAUCGUGUCACGUAUUGAUCCAGGCUCAUUAGCAGCACAGUCACUUCAGGAGAAAGAUCACAUCAUUGAUAUCAAUGGUAUAAAAGUAACUGAUAAAGAAGUUGCGAGAAGUUUGCUUGUCCGAGCUCUUAAGAAGAAGAAUUUUGUUAGCAUGUGCAUCGAACGUCCGGUUUCCGGAAAAGCGAAAGAAUGGGCGGAUGAUGCCAUGAACGCAUCUCAAAUGCAACCUCCAUCAGUUGCAAUGGCGUCUGAUGUUCAGGAAAUAGCAGCCCGUCAGCAACAAAAAAUGAUGGAAGCAAUGGACACUAAGAAGCCUGGAAUAAUGAAAAAAAAUAUCAAUAAAGGAGGAGGAUCUGACCAUGCAAGGAUUGUGAAAAUUGCACCAGGCGAAAGACAAGAUGUGAUAAUAGCAAGUGAUAAUGAGGGGAAACAGUUGAGACGCGUGAAGGAAUGA